CGGCUAUCGGGAGGCACCGGUUCUCAACAUGCAGUGCCCCACAUGGUGGCGACGGGGCGCCCCAGGGUGGAGCAGUUCAACACGACGUGUUACUUCUCGCCUUCUGAUUGGUCAGAGCGCUGACAUUAGUGUCAAAAUAACAAUGGUGUCGGUGAUUGCCCCGUGCCCAUUGGUUAGGUCGGGUGAAGGGGCGUGGCCUAAUUGUGUCCACAGCUGGGAAAGCCGCUGUUUGUUUGGUUCAGAUAUAAACCUUCGACAUCAUCAGAGCCACAGGCAUUCCUAGAGAAACAUUCUCAGCGCGUGUACCGUGAAGGAUACCUACCAGCGAUCGCACACGGAUUUUAUCGUCGAGAGAAGUCGCAGCAGUUAUUUUCUACGGUUCCGAGAUGAAGCCGCAAAGCCCGAUGUCUGCGCUGCCAGCCAGCGAAGCCGCCCUUCGGAAGCUUCACGACCCCAUCCCGAUGAAGGCGCUAAAGACGGCCCUUCCCAGCUCGUCCGGCUUACAGUCGCUGUACAACAUGGACAUGAACGACUGUUACUCUAAGUUGAGGGAACUCGUGCCGACAAUUCCUAGCAACAAGAAGAUCUCGAGAAUAGAGAUCCUCCAGCAUGUAAUAGACUAUAUCCAGGACUUGCAGACGGCGUUGGAUGGACAUCCGGGAGUGCAAGCCUUGUCGCUGUCUGUAGCAGGGAUGCCGGAGACGAGCCCGACCGGCCGGGAUAGAAAACCCCUCGGCGCCCUCGCACUCACACAAGACGGCAACAACAGACAAACACACACACAGGCACUGCUGUCAGAUAAGCCAGAGACAGUUCUACCCACCACAAGAGUGUGCUAGCCCUAGAGAGAGAAGUCAUCCUUUGAAUCAGGUGAGAAACCGUAGCGGUGUGCCAGAAAUGUCAUCCCCUGUCAGCCUGUGUUGCCCACCCCUCUGCAAGGAGCGAAGCGAUGGAACCAACCAACGCUCUCCUCAUCCCUGCCUCCAUCAUUGAGAAUGCAGCACUGGCUAGCCAGACAUUGUGCAAAGACUCAAAGUGUUGUUGAAACCAAAGGACACACUGACUGUUGUAGAACCUGAUAACGACACCAGGUGUUUUACCUGUCUGCAGUUGUAAUUGCUGCAUUGUUAAUACUGACCAUAAGGACAGACUAUUUUCCCAGCAUCGUUAAAACCGAUAUUCUGUACUGUGUGAAUGGGUAUAUAAAGUUAUUAAACAGUGGUGCAGUAUAUGUCAUUCUAGCACAGUCAGA